CAACAAUCUCGCCUUCUGUAUUAUACUUUACUUCACCUCAUUGCUAGGAAGAUAGGCAGUCGAAAUGGUGUACUACUUCACCUCGAACGUCAUCACUCCGCCGGGGUUCAUUUAUAUGGGGAAGGAUAAGGUUGAGAAUGAAGAGCUCAUCAAAUAUGGCCUGGAGGAAGACGUGUGGUUCCACGUGGACAAGCUGUCGUCUGCGCACAUCUAUCUGCGGUUACCGGAGGGGAAGAACUGGGAGAUGAUUGAUCAGGAUUUGUUGAUGGAUUGUGCGCAGCUGACGAAGGCGAACAGCAUUGAGGGUAAUAAGAAGGAUAACAUCACAAUUGUGUACACCCCCUGGUCGAAUUUGAAGAAGGAUGGGAGUAUGGCGGUGGGACAGGUGGGGUUCAAAGAUCAGAGAAAGGUCAGACGGAUACACGUCACACAGCGGGAGAAUGCCAUCGUCAACCGUCUCAACAAGACCAAGGUUGAGAAGUUUCCUGACCUCGCAAUGGAGAAAGAGAAUAGACUCAAGGAGCUGAGGAAGAGGGAUAGAGCGGCUCAGCAAGCUAGGCAAAAAGAGGAGGCCCGGAUUGCCAAAGAACGCAAGGAGAAGGCGUGGCAGAGGGAUCACGCCUAUGAUGAUCUCUUCACGGAAGAGAACAUGGCACAGGCAAGCAACCAGGACCGAGAUGCAGACUUUUUGGAUGACUUCUUUUGAUCUUCCUUCUCCCAGACAGCAGCCUUCGGCUGGUAUUUACUCCAUGCUUCUAUGACUUCAUGCACAGCGGGGAGGGCAAGGCGAGGUACGGCGUUUGGUCCUGGUUCGAUGAUCGGGUUCAGAUCGACUGGUAAUCGGAUUGCAAUGCAAUGAGUAUUGCUGGGCUUUCACGUGCGGCCACGUAUGAUCAUGGCCGGCAGGC